AUGCCGCGCACGUGCCCUGCCACCGUCCCGCUCUCUCCCUGGCACCCAGCCGUCGCGCCCUUCCCGCUGCCGCCGCGUGCCCUUCCCCGCGCGCUCCCCGCCGUCCCGAGCGCUUCCGACGCCGCCGCGCGCCUUCCCCGCCGCCGCCGCGCCCUUCUUGCCGCUGCCCGGCGUGCCCUUCCCGUCGUCGCCCGCCCGCUUGCCGAAGCCGCCGCGCGUCUUCCCGACGCUGCCGCGCGCCCUUCCCGCCGCCGCCGUGCGCCCCUCUCGUCGCUGCCCGGCGUGCCCUUCCCGUCGUCGCCCCGCCCUCUUGCCGAAGCCGCCGCGCGUCCUUCCCCGCCGCCGCCGCCGUGCGCCCUUCUCGCCGCUGCCCAGCGUGCCCUUCCCGUCGUCGCUCGCCCGCUUGCCGAAGCCGCCGCGGGCUUCCCAUCACCGCCGCUGCGUGCUCCCAGCUGCCCUGCCUGCUUGCCCUCCGGUCAUCGCCCCUGCCUGCUUGCCCUGCGGCUGUCGCCCUCGGGAGAGAAAUUAGGUGGGUUAAGCACGAGUGGAACGAGCCCGUUCCACCGAUUCGGUGGAAUGGGUGCAUUCCGGAUCUAG